AUGUAUAGGCAGGUCCUGGUACACCCUGACGAUACUCCCCUGCAACGCAUCCUGUGCCGUUUUUCUACGGACACACCUGUCCAAACCUACGAGCUACUGACCGUGACAUACGGACUUACUCCAUCGUCAUUCCUGGCGACUCGCGCUCUUCAGCAAUUGGCCGCUGAUGAAGGCGACGCCUACUCUCUCGCUGGUCUAGCAUUAAGGAAGAAUUUCUACAUCGACGAUUUCAUCGGUGGGGCCAGCUCCACAGAUGAGGCAAUCCGACUCCGAGAAGAGCUGUCGGAUCUAAUGCAAAAGGGUGGACUCGAACUGCGCAAGUGGACGUCUAACCGUUUCAAAUUUCUUCAAGGCCUGGACGAAGACCAUAUCGGGACUCAAUCAACAUUGAGCUUCACUCCCAACGAAACAACCAAGGCACUGGGAAUCGGCUGGGAGCCAGAGAACGAUUUUCUUCGCUUCGAUUCAACGGUGCAACCACGAGAUGCGAAACGUACGAUACUCUCUGACAUCGCUAAGCUAUUCGAUCCUCUUGGGUUGAUAGCACCUGUGGUUGUACGCGCUAAAAUCCUCAUGCAGGAGUUGUGGCUGCUUUCCUGCGACUGGGACGAUCCGGUCCCAGAUACCGUGCGUAGGAAGUGGGAGAGUUUCAGCAGUGAGCUUCCACUUAUCUCGUCCUACCGAGUUGAACGCUGCGCAUUCCUACCAGAUUCGCGCGUGGAGCUGCACACUUUCGCGGAUGCCUCUCAAGACGCUUACGGAGCGUUCCAGGGUCGCACCGCUCCAACGCCUAUCCAUCGCACGCUUAGUGCAGCCGUUCUCGCAGCACAUCUGUACCACCGCAUCAAGCAAGCCAUCGACGUCAGCAUUUCCGCAGCAUACUUCUGGUCAGACUCAUCCGUAACUCUGCAGUGGCUCCAGUCUCCACCCAACGUAUGGAAAACUUUCGUCGCUAACCGCGUGUCCGAAGUGCAACACUACACGCAUGGAUGCCGGUGGAAUCACAUUUCUGGAGUUGAGAAUCCCGCUGAUCUGGUGUCCCUUGGUCUCUCGGUCGAAGAUUUCAUUUGUAGCGACCUGUGGAAGCGUGGACCUGCAUGGUUGUCGAGCUCAUCUGAUCACUGGCCAAUUUCGAAGCCGUCAGAAGUCGCCGGCGAGGUUUUGGAGAUUAAACAAUUAGUCGCCAUCGUUCAAACACCAUCAACGUGUAACUUCUUGUUCCUCCGUUGGAGUUCGUACAGACGCCUGUUGAACUGCACUGCCAUUUGCUUACGCUUCAUCAACAAUGCACGUAUCAAAGCUAGAACCCAAUCAAUCCCCACUACAGAACCUGUGUCGCAAAUACUUACCGGCGAAUAUCUUACCCAAGCCAAAACGCUGCUGCUUCGCCUAGCCCAGAGGGAUGCCUUCCGAGAGGAAAUGAAGGACUUGAAAGCAGGAAAACUCUUGCCAAAACGCUCCCACAUUCGCCAAAUGAAUCCCUUCAUUGAUCCAGAGGGUGUAAUGAGAGUCGGUGGUCGGUUGAACCUUUCGCAGUUGCCCUACCAAUCAAAGCAUCCUGCCCUCCUCCCAAGCAAUCAUCCUUUCCCUAAAUUAAUCGCUGAGCACUAUCACCUUAAGCUUCUUCACGGCGGCGGGCGUCUUCUGCUAAGCAUCAUCCGCGAAGAAUUCUGGCCGUUACACGGCCGUCAACUAGUUCGUUCCACUACACGUAACUGCUUCCGUUGCGUUCGUCAAAACCCGCAACCCUACCAGCAACAAAUCGGCCAGCUACCUGCCUCGCGAGUCACACCGAGUCGCUCAUUUUCCGUCACGGGUGUCGACUACGCCGGACCGCUCUACAUGAAGCCGGUCCAUAAGAAAGCCGCACCUGCAAAAGCUUACCUGUGCCUGUUCGUCUGCUUCGUGACAAAAGCUGUCCACCUUGAGCUAGUCGGCGAUCUUUCGACCAAAGGAUUCCUCGCCGCACUACGCCGAUUCAUUUCCCAUCAUGGAACACCCACGCACCUGCAUUCUGAUAACGGCUAG